AUGGAGAGCCCGCACGAGCACCAGCAAGCGGUGAUUCUCUCACGAAUCAUCAACAAUGUUGAAAAACUGAACGAGGCCAUCAUGGUCAUGAACAAGAGCCUCCAGGAGGUCAAUAUUCAGAACAUGAAUGUGGAGCUGGUGGCGCAAAUGUUCAAGAAUUACCAAUCUAAUGUGCUGUUUCAUUUGGAAGCUACCGAGAACUUGAAAGAACCGUCGCAAAGCGAAUGA